UGGAGGGGCCCGGCCGCCGCCAUCUUGCAGCGGGCGCCGUCCCGCCGGUAGCGGGGCGCGGCCCGGCCGGCCCGGCCAUGGAGCCGAGCGGGGGGCGGAAGGAGAGGCCGAAGGGCCGGGAGCCGGCGGCGCGCCUGGAGAAGGCCAAGCAGAGGUCGGCCCAGCAGGAGCUGAAGCAGAGGCAGCGCGCGGAGAUCUACGCGCUGAACCGCGUGAUGACGGAGCUGGAGCAGCGGCAGUUCGACGCCUUCUGCAAGCAGAUGCAGGCCGGCGGGGAGUGAGGGUCGGGCCGGGCCCGGCGCCGUCGCAGCGGCAGGCGGCACGAAGCGGCACGGAGCGGCAGGGAGCAGCACAGCCCCGCCGCCUGCCGGCCCUUCCCUAUCUCGCUGUUUACGCUGACAGACGCCUCUUUGUUGUUAUUUUCUGCUUUCUUUUUAUCUUUUUUUCUAAAUAAAAGCAGCGGUCGUUCCUCCUUA